CCUCGACAUCAUUCUUCUACACCAUCGCGGUGUUGACUUCUUACAAAGCAAAUUCGGGCUGGUGUCCGCGGGGCUCAUUGAGGUGCACCUUUUCUAAUGCUAAAAUUCAUGGGAGUGCAACUUGUUCAUCUCCCUCUUACUACAGUUUGGAAUGUUUAGAAGAGGUCAGUAAAAUUGCAAAGAACCAUGCUUCGACGACUCCCCAGGAGCCUUGACAGGCUCGCAGCCAGACCUACAAUAAGAACAGCAGCAUCGAAACCGCUUUUUGCAGCUAUGCCUCGAUAUCUGUCCUCCUUGCCCGCUGUUGAACCUCCCGUGUCCACCUCGUUGCCUUCCGACUCGUUUCAGCUUCUCUCGACCGAGGAUAAAGCAGGCGAUGCAGAAGAUAUCUUGUUCAAACAACAAGUAGAAGAUGUAAAGGCAUGGUGGGCAUCACCGAGAUACAAAGGCAUCAAAAGGCCAUACAGACCAGAGGAUGUCGUGAGUAAACGAGGAACAUUGCAACAAGUCUACCCCAGCUCGCUCAUGGCGAGGAAACUCUUCAAUCUGCUGUCUGAGAGAGCGGCAGAGGGCAAGCCAGUCCAUACCAUGGGGGCAAUCGAUCCCGUCCAGAUGACGCAGCAGGCACCCAACCAAGAGAUCCUUUACGUAUCGGGCUGGGCUUGUUCAUCCGUCCUGACGACCACAAACGAAGUCUCCGCCGACUUUGGCGACUAUCCCUACAACACGGUCCCCAAUCAAGUCCAGAGGCUCUUCAAAGCCCAACAACUCCACGAUCGCAAGAAUUUCGACGCGCGGCAGAAAAUGACUGCCGAGGAAAGGAAAAAGACGCCCUAUAUCGAUUACAUGAGACCAAUUGUCGCAGAUGGCGACACCGGACAUGGUGGAUUGUCUGCGGUCAUCAAACUGGCCAAGCUCUUCGCUGAGAAUGGUGCUGCCGCAGUGCAUUUCGAGGACCAGCUUCACGGAGGCAAGAAGUGCGGCCAUCUGGCCGGCAAAGUGCUGGUGCCCGUGGGUGACCACAUCAACCGUCUCGUGGCUGCAAGAUUUCAGUGGGAUAUGAUGGGCAGCGAGAACCUUGUCAUUGCUCGAACUGAUUCGGAAAGCGGCAAACUACUCUCCAGCGCCAUUGACGUCCGGGACCACGAGUAUAUUCUUGGCGUGACCGAGGACACGGAGCCUUUGGCCGAGGUUCUGCAAGAGAUGGAGCUUAAGGGGGCAGAUGGACCAGUGGUUGACAAGUUCGAGGCUGAAUGGGUAAAAAAACACAAGUUGGUCACUUUUGACGAAGCCGUUGAAGCUCAUAUCAAAGCCGAGGGUGGAGAUGCUGCUGAGUAUCUCGCCAAAACCAAGGCAGAUCGCAACAUGUCCCUCUCUUCACGGCGCAAACUCUCUUCCCAAUACACCAAGUCUCCUGUGGUCUGGUCUUGCGACGUCCCUCGAACCCGGGAAGGAUACUACCAUUACCGAGCGGGCAUCCCUGCUGCGACCAAGCGUGCCAUUGAAUUUGCCCCUUAUGCAGACCUUCUCUGGCUGGAGACAGCGGACCCCAGCGUGUCGAAGGCGGCAGGUUUUGCCAGAGAGAUUCGAGAGGCGCAUCCGGGUAAGAAACUGGUCUACAAUUUGAGCCCGUCAUUCAACUGGAUGGGUCAAGGCUUCGACGAUGCUUCGCUGAAGUCGUUUGUUUGGGAUCUCGCCAAGGAGGGCUUCGUGCUUCAACUGAUAUCCCUUGCCGGUCUCCAUUCCACAGCCACAAUUACCGCAGAGCUAUCACGAGGCUUCAAGGAAGACGGAAUGCUUGCAUAUGUCAAGCUGGUACAGAGCCGAGAGAAGGAGCUUGGUGUUGAUGUGCUCACCCAUCAGAAGUGGAGCGGAGCACCAUAUAUCGAUGGCAUCAUUGGUGCCAUCCAAAGCGGCAGCAGUUCCAGCAGGAGCAUGGGCGAAGGCAAUACGGAGGCGGGCUUUUGAGUGUCGGGGGCUUGAUCCUCUGUCAUGUAGCGCAGUCUGCCUUGAACCCCAGUCUGUCGAGCCCUGAGCCAUGGGGCAGCCAGUUUCCCCUUCUUGCGGGACUGACACUCACCCAUUUUCAUGGCGGCCACCCCGCGGUCCCUAACUAACAUUUGAUGACAUGAGCGUGGAUAGCAAAAUGUUUUGUUGGCAGAAGUAUUCUACUGUAAAUAUACGAUAGUCAAAAGCUAUAACAUAGUCAUUUACCGGGUGUUGGACAGGAACCGACACCAGUUUGAGAGUGGCAACGAACAACAGAGACAUUGCCCUGCUUA